AUGAAUAUCAACAAUGAAUUGUCGGAUCUGGAAAAUCGCUUCCUAUAUAGGACGCUGCGAGUCCAGAAAUACUCGGAUGUUGCAUGGGAUCGAAUAGAUUUCUUUAUAUGGGAGUUAAAAUUCCUUGAUUGUUUUUUCCAUUUACAGAGCUUCACUUUUGCAAGUGAAUGUGGUAUGCUAGAUAUCUCACAGAAAAUGCUAGAAAUUUGCAAGAGGUUGUGUGCAUCACGUCCAUACAAUGCAUUUGCAUACUGGAAGGAGGUAAUUUGCAAGAGGCUGUGUGCUUUUAGCAUCCAGCCAGAUGAUGGAUUUGCAUACUGGAAGAAAGUAAUUUGGAAGACUAAGCAAGAAUUCAGAGCUAAAUACUCCUUUCCAAAAACACUACUUGCAGACAACAAGGUAGAUGAUGAUACUAAUCCCAAAUUUGUGAUGGAAUUCAUCGAUGCUGUUGUGGGGCAUCUCAAUGUUCUAGUCAAGAUCAAUGAUCCAUGUUUGUGGCUUUUUGUUCCAGGACACAUGAAGGAACAAAUAGAACAAGUGUUAAAGGAGUUGAAGUUAUUGAGAUUUUUUGUCUGCUUUGUUUCAAGCAAAUGUAUAGAGCCUCAAUAUAGACAUACUACUUUUUAUACUCAUGCUUUAAUUGAGGCUAGCCACAUCGCAAUGGUUGUCUGGUUGAAUUUGCCAAUCUAUGGAAACAGAAAUCAAGACGUGGCUUCAAGUGAAGUUAGUUCUUUGCUUUCUGAUUUCAUGGAAAUGAAGAUUAAGUCCAUUCAGCCAGGCAUCAGCCGCAACAAUAUUUAUAUUGAUGUCUUGAGGGCGUUGAAGUCAACCAUACCACAUGCUCAAGAUAAGCAUGCAGCUGAGAGUGGCAUUGUGGAGAUUUCAACACACAAUCUGAUGGUUGGUUUGAGUGAUCAAAUGGCAAACCUUCAGGAGAUGCUCUUCCUUCUAAGAGACAAUCUCAUUCAUCUGCCAAUACUAGAUCUGGAAUUUCAUCUUCAAGAUAUGGAUUCUGUUAUUGUUGAUGCCGGACUUCUUAUUUACUCAUUAUAUGAUAUCAAGGGGCAGAUGGAAGACACAUCAUUGGAGGUUAUCAACCGGGAACUCGGUUUUGAUCUUCCGAGAAGCAUUGAGCCUAUUAAGGCGAUGGUCUACCUUGUCAUGCAAAAGGCAUUUCAUUGUAACUUGCCAAGGGUUCAUGGACUAGGCUAUGUCGAUUUUCUGUUGAAAAACCUGAAGGAUUUCCAGCAAGGCCGUUAUUCAGAUUCACUCGCUUUCCUCAAGAAUCAACUUCAAGUUAUUCAAACGGAAUUUGAGAGCUUGCAACCUUUCUUGAAGGUUGUCAUACAAGAGCCACACAAUAAGCUCAAGACACUGAAUGAAGAUUGUGCUACACAGAUAAUUAGAAAAGCAUAUGAGGUGGAAUAUGCAGUUGAUGCUUGUAUAAACAAAGAGGUUCCUCAGUGGUGCAUCGAGCGUUGGCUCCUGGAUAUCAUAGAGGAGAUUACUUGUAUCAAAGCAAAGAUUCAGGAAAAGAACACAGUUGAGGAUACAAUGAAGAGUGUCAUUGCUCGUACAUCAUCACAAUUGGCAAGGACUCCAAGGAUGAAUGAAGAGAUUGUUGGGUUUGAGGAUGUCAUGGAAAAUUUAAGAAAAAAACUACUGAAUGGAAGCAAAGGGCAAGAUGUCAUUUCAAUUCACGGCAUGCCAGGUUUAGGUAAGACGACUUUAGCCAACAGACUCUAUUCUGACAGUGCUGCGCCAGGGUUAUCUGAAGGAUGCAAGUACAACGGAUUGUUCGAAUCAAUCAAGCUGGGUCCACCUGCUGUAACAUUGGUAGCAGCAGUUGAUGUCGAUUCAUCGAUCGCCAUGAGAAUCAAACAAGAGUAG